AUGGCUUCCUCAUCCAGGUCCCCAUUUCCUGAGACUCCAAUCCUUCCCCUCCCACGUCUUCUUAGGGAUAAUAAUAGACCUCACCCUCCACAAAGUGAAAACCCAUAUUUCUCAGAGGAAACAGAUGCAGAUUCCGAUGAUAAGUUCGUCAUUGACGAGGACACUGAGGAACGUCUCUCCCAAAUCACUAAUACCUUAGUGGGGUACAUACCAGAAGGGAGACCAUACCGUAAGCAGGCAGUAUUUGAAGCACUUCAAACGGCAUGGAACCCAACACAUAAGGUGGAUAUCUCCCAUCUUGAUGACCGGAAGUUUCUCUUCCAGUUUCACCACUCGAUAGACAGAGAUAACGUAUUACAAGAAGGUCCAUGGGCAGUGUCAGGUAACCUUCUAGUAUUGGAGCGAUGGAAUAUGGAGUAUCAAUGGAGUUUUACUCAAUGCGAAUUAUGGGCGCAACUGCAUUCUGUUCCCGUAGAGUUGAAGAAGAAAGACAUAAUGCUCCGGUUGGCGUCAAAGCUUGGGCAUAUCUCUAAGAUUAUGCUGAUCGAUGGUUUCCAGUUCGGCGAUAGGGUUGCCUAUGUUCGUGUCAGGGUUCGUAUCGACAUCCGGAAACCACUCCGAACAUCCAUCUCUGUCACGCGAGGUCAUGGUAGCCGAUCCAGCAUCACAAUCAAAUACGAGAGACUUCCCAUCUUCUGCUACUCCUGCAGAUUGCUUGGCCACGAAGAGACACGCUGCACAAGUGUGUUUGACGAGUUUAAUAAACAUAGAAAUGCUCAUGGUUGUUCACCACAUAGCAAAUGCAAAGAUCUCCCUCAUACAAAAUGCAAUCCGGCGUUGCGAGCAACUGCCCCUGAUAAUCGUCUCAUACAAAAAGCUACCAUUAUUCAUAUUGAGUCGACUAAUGAAGAUUCGGCAACUGACCGUCCAGAGGUUGUGUCAGGCAAUCCUUCCGUCGGAGAAGACCAUCGUACAGCCACAUCAACUCCUCGUGCCUCUAGAGGUUGCUCGACUCGUACAUCCCCAGCUGUCACUCAACCUCAGUCAUUGGGCAUAACGUCUAGAGACGUGCUUUACAGCCACUCUGCAGCGAGAAAUAUGGAUGUCAGUAGUCAAUCACUCUUCCAUACGCAAGUUAAGUCCAACGGUGCCUCUGGUGGUUUAGCAUUGCUAUGGAACCAACAUUUACAAUUGGAAGUUUUAUUUUCAGAUGACAGGGUAAUUGACACUGAGGUUACAUCGGAUCAAGGCCAUAAAUUCCUGCUGACAUGCGUCUAUGGAGAUCCUGUAAAAUGCAAUAGACAGCGUGUUUGGGAUCGAUUGAUCUCGCUAGGCCAGUCCCGCAAUGAGCAGUGGAUGUGCAUCGGUGAUUUUAAUUCAUAUCUGGCCUGGCACGAGAAGGAUGGGGGGAAUCGAAAAGGUCUGCAUGAUAUGUUACAAUUCCAAGAGGUUCUCAACCAAUGCAACUUAUUAGAUAUGGGGUCUAAUGGUCCGCCGUAUACGUGGAGUAACAAGAGGAGUGGUUCGGCAAACAUUCUUAUCAAGCUUGAUCGUGCUCUUGCCAACCCAGCCUGGAGAAUUAGAUAUGCUAACGCCACGGUCUUUAUUCGACCAGCCAUCAGCUCCGAUCAUAAUCCUCUCCUAGUCGAUACGGAGGGUGGAAAAUCUUCAGGACCUAAGCCCUUUCGAUUCGAAAAGAUGCGGUUGCGCCACCCUGGUUGUCAAGAUUUGGUCUCCAAAAUAUGGUCUACUCCCUCUUAUGGUUCGGCAGCAACUACCCUCAUUCGGAAAGCUUCAAAUUGCAAGGCUGCUCUUAAGAAGUGGAAUCGAGAGGAAUUUGGGCAUGUGCAAACUCGGAUUAAAACUCUCAAAUUGCAACUGGAAAACAUCCAAGGUCACCCCUAUUCUGUUCAACGUCAAGACCAAGAGAAUUCCAUUUCUAAACAACUAGAGGAGGAAUUGGCCAGGGAAGAAGUAAUGUGGCAUCAAAAAGCCAGGAUGGAUUGGAUUCAGAGUGGGGACAAGAAUUCUGCCUUUUUUCAUGUUACUACAAUUCAGCGAAGACAGCGGAAUCGGAUCUUAAAACUAAAAUUACAAAAUGGUGAAUGGCCAAAAACUGAGGAGGAUGUCUAUGUUGAGCUCUUACACCAUUUCAGUGAAACUGUUGCUUCUCAAGGAACAAUUUGA